UACACGCCGGAAGUAAGUGUUUCUUACCGGAAGCACAUGUUUGUCGGCAUGGGGGCAGCGGCGAGGGAAUCGAACCGGUAAAGAAGUCAGCCUGGGGUUAGAACAUGGCAAGCCGGAGCUCCUCAGUAACCUUCAAAACCAACUAUGCAAUUUCCAAGAGAAUCGAGCCAUUCUACAAAGGCGGACCGGUUCAGAUGACCCAAGAUGGGGAAUAUAUGUUCUGUGCUUGUGAAAACAAGGUGAAUGUGGUGGACGUUGCAUCAGGAACUGUCGUUAACUGUAUUGAAGAGGAUGAAGAAGAGGAAAUUACAGCAUUUGCUCUCAGCAAAGAUGAUGAAAUCCUUGUGACUGGAAGCCGAUCGCUGAUGCUGAAGCAAUGGGACUGGCCAGAAAAUAAAUGCACACGCACAUGGAAGGCUAUGCACACAGCCUCCAUGGCCAGCAUGGCCUUUGACUCAAGCUCCACGUUGUUGGCUACAGGUAGCUGUGACAGCACUAUUAAGGUCUGGGAUGUUCCCAGGCAGUACUGCACACACAACUUGAAAGGCUCAACGGGGGUUGUCCACCUUGUCAAGUUCCACCCAGAAACCUCUAAGCUACAGCUCUUCUCUUCUUCCAUGGACAACACCAUCCGGGUUUGGGACCUGAAGUCCAGCGAGUGCAUCGCUCAGCUAGAAAACCAUUACAGCUCUGUCACCUCCCUCGCUUUCUCUCCUGACAAUGAGACACUCAUCAGCUCCGGCCGUGAUAAAAUCUGCACUGUGUGGGACCUGAACAAGGGAGAAGCCAAGGGCACUAUCCCUGUCUAUGAGAGCAUUGAAUCUGUGGUCAUGUUGCCAGAACAAGGGGAUUUCUCGUGUGUAGGCGUGAACAAAGAGAGUCUUCACUUUGUAACAGCAGGCAGCAAAGGGAUCCUCCGAGUCUGGGAUGCCGCAUCAGCCACCUGCGUUCACAGCCAGUCCUUGCCCUGCCUCCCGGCAGCAUGCAUGCAUCAGGAGGACGGGCUGCAGAGCUUCAUGCAUUGCAUCCUGGUGCCCAUGAAGAGCCAAAUUGUCACCGUGAACUCGGAACGCAACAUCUGCAUGUAUGAUGCACAGACCCUCGAGCUCAGGAAGCAGUUUGCAGGUUACAAUGGAGAGGUUUUGGAUGUCAGGUUCCUGGGCCCCAAAGACUCUCAUGUGGUUGUGGCCACCAACAGCCCCCAGCUGAAGGUCUUUGAGUUGGUGUCAUCUAACUGCCAGAUCCUGCACGGCCACACAGAUAUCGUUCUUGCCUUGGAUGUCUUCCGAAGGGGGAGGUUGUUUGCCAGUUGUGCAAAGGAUAAAAGCAUCAGGAUUUGGCGAAUGAAUGACCACGGUAAUGUCUUCUGCGUCGCCCAGGGCCUGGGCCAUACUCAAGGAGUGGGUACUCUCUCUUGCUCCAGGUUGAAAGAGAACUUUGUGGUCACAGCCAGCAAAGACAAUACGAUGAAAGUGUGGAGUAUUCCCGAGCACAUCACUGCCAGGGAACCUACAGCCAAGUCUGGAAUUCUGAAUAACUUGCAAUUCCUCAGCUUCCAAGAGAAUGCAGCACCAGAAGACUGCUCUCUGUUUUUUGUUCAGGAUGUAAAUAGCGUGGCGGUUUCUCCGAAUGACAAGCUGAUAGCUACAGCAUCCCAGGACAAGACGGCCAAGCUGUGGACCUCCGACAAUUGCGAGCAAUUGGGAACCUUUGUCGGACACAAACGAGCCGUCUGGUGUGUGCAGUUCUCACCUGUGGAUCGGGUCCUAGCCACCUCUUCUGCGGAUGGCACUGUGAAACUCUGGAAUCUGCAGGAUUUCAGCUGUCUAAAGACUUUCGAAGGUCACGAAGCCCCUGUGCAUAGGGUCAUUUUCGUGAGUGGAGGGGGACAAGUGCUGAGCAGUGGAGCAGAUGGCCUUAUGAAACUUUGGACGAUCAACAACAACAGUUGUGUGAAGACCUUCGAUGCUCACGAUGAUAGGGUGUUGGGCCUUCACGCCAAUAGGAGAGACAACGCACUGGUGACCGGCUCCGCCGAUUCCAGGGUCUUGCUGUGGAAGGAUGUCACUCAAAUUGAGCUUGAAGAGGAACAAGUGAAGCAGGAAGAGCAGAUUCUGAAAGAGCAGAAGCUGUCUAACUUGCUGCAUAAGAAGAGGUACCUGAAAGCACUGGGCUUGGCAAUCUCCUUGGACCGGCCACACACGGUGUUGUCGGUGGUCAAGGCUAUUCUUAAGGAGGCUAAUGGAAAAGAAGACUUGGAAAAGAACCUCCUGAAGCUUCGGAAAGACCAGAAAGAGGCCGUGCUGAAGUUUUCCAUCACAUGGAACACAAACUCGCGGAACUACCUCGAGGCUCAGGCAGUGGUGGAAACCCUCCUCAAGCAUGAGACGCCAGAGAGCCUCUUGCAAUACGAAGGGAUCAAAGCAGCUGUGGAGUCUCUCCUACCAUACACAGAACGGCACUUCCAGAGGUUGGGCCGGUUACUGCAGGCCUCCAUGUUCCUCGAUUUCAUGUGGCAAAACAUGAAGCUGCCUGACACUGCCAAGUGGGAUGAGGAGAUGGACAUGUGAUGAGCUUUGGGUGCCAGUGGCACGCGGGGCAGAAGAGCUGGACACUCCUGCCAAGUUGAAUUGGUUUGUAAAAACCCCCACAAAUACUACAUUUU